AUGAGCAGUUUGUGCAGAAAAACCAAUUUCGAGAAUAUUAAUCCCUAUGUGCAAAUAUCAUUCGCUGGAAUGAAGGGAACAACGAGUGAAGCAUGGCAAACCUACUGUCCGAAAUUCUACGAGGCCAUAAUUUUCAAGGAGAUGUUCCCCGUUUUCUGCCAUCGUGUGAGAAUCACUAUAAAACACCGUAUCGACAGUUGCCGGACUUGCACCGUAGCAGUAUAUAUCCUGGAUACAACAAAGAUCUCGAAUUCCGGAGAGUAUGGAUUCCUGCCGACUUACGGGCCGUCUUUCAUCCACUUUUACGGAUCCGGCUCCGUGGAAAAGAACGGCUGCUCGGGCAAAUGCUUGACAGCAAUGCCUUUGUAUCGCGGAAGGGUGCUUCUGUCGCUGAAAACUGAAAUGGAUGACCUAGAAGCAUCCCCCGGAAUCGGAGUUGAAACCAUUCCAGCAUCUCCCAUUAUUGAAAAAAGCUUAUGGUCGACUGAGGAAUAUCUUUUGGUCGGAGUACUAUACAACGUGUGCUUGAUCGACCGUUCUAGAUUUAGAUCGAAAUUAAUCAGCUUUGAAUUGAGUCUGGGAAACGCAGGAAAUCGACAAUUCUCGCAUAGUCAAUGCAUAGAAAAUAAUGACAAUCAAUCAGAAAUCGAGUUGCUGAAAAAGCGAUUGAACUUCGAGAGUCAAUCAACCCCGCGAACGACCGGCACUUUAGACGGCAAAUAUAAUUAUGUACCUUUGGGAUCCAGAAAGCCUUGUUUAUAUGUGAGAUCUUGGUGGCCAAAUUUGGAAUGGAGGAUGAAUAACAACAAUAAUCUUCGCUAUAUUUCUAAUUUUUUGGAGACAAGAUUAGAAAAACUGGAGACUUUUAUGGCUGUUGAAAAUCCUGUAGCUUUCGAAGCUUACAACGAAACGAUUCGCACAUUAAGAGCUCACUGUGUGCGAUAUUUAGACGCGUUGGACACUGGCAGGGAUGAAUCCAAAGUAGGAACCACUAAACUCGAUCGUCAUCGUGCAAGUUUGUGUCGUAAAAAUGUCAAAGAUAUACUUACAAGGAUUAAAAUCAACGGUGAACUUCCUAACAACAAUUACAUGAGGAUUGCGAUGAUUCAUGCGUAUCAUUAUUUAAAAAAAUUGAGGAAUCUGUGCGAUGAUCCCCAACACAGUCUUCCGGAUGUUUUUGUCUGGAUGAUCGCUGGCUCGAAGCGAGUCGCUUACUCGCGUCUGUCAGCCGAGCAGAUCGUCUACUCUGAGGAAGCGACUGAAAUGGGCGGGAAAUGCGGUCGGCGAAUCAAUCUGUUCCCCAGGAAUCCGGACGACGAAAGCGAGCCUGUCGAAUACAGCGCCUGCAAAAUCGAGGCAUUUUUGUGGCUCGGCAACGCGAGGUACGCCGCCGCGUGUUGGAGUGCAAUUCCGCCGGGAUACGAGAUCGAUCACGGCAGAAAUGUCGACACGUUCCCGAAGUACAUCGAGUACAAUCAGUUCUCGACGUUUCAGUUGAGAGCUCACAUAUUCCAAGGUCACUUUGAUCCCGGAAUGGACACUUCCGGCUUGUUGGAUUCGUAUAUACGAGUCGCGUUUCAAGGAUACACGGUUUCUACACGGAUGAUAAGACAAAGUUUAGAUCCAUUUUGGGACCAGACAUUAAUUUUUCCUCCAAUUAUUUUGCAUGGCAAUAAGGAAUAUACUAAAUUUCUACCACCCGAAGUCAUCUUGCAGAUUUUUCAGCAUGAUUUAUGCAGCACGAGGGAAUUCUGUGGCAAGUGUAUCGCGGUGCCAUUAGUGAAACUCACCACGGAAACUUACUCACCGCCCGAUUUUCCACCGAAAUUAGAGUGGUACAAAUUCCAACCACAGAAAGAUUGCACCGGUUCAGUUCUCGCCGCUUUCGAGUUGAUAGAAGUGAAGAACAAAGAGAUUGCGGACGUUCCGAUGGAUGUGUCAGUAGAGGACAAGAUUUACAGCAUCCCUCCGGAUAUCAGACCGAAAAUGACGAGCUACAGACUGGAGGUAAUCUUUUGGGGUGUUCGCGAUAUGAGAAAGAUAAAAUAUAUACCGAUACGUAGGCCGAGAAUUAUAGUGGAAUGCGCCGGAGUGCACAUCAAAUCGGAGGUAAUGAAGAACGCUAGGAAAUUCAGCAAUUUUGAGGAACCACACAUUAUCAUUGAACUGGAAAUGCCGGAGCUCGACAUUUACUAUCCGAGCAUCACUAUAAAGGCUUAUGAUUCGCGCGGAUUUGGCUGCUUCAAAUAUGCUGGGAUCUGUAUUAUCCCUAACAUCCAUGUCUUCCUGGAGCAAUUAAUAACCGAGGAAGAUUAUGAUGUGCAGAUAUACGAGUCGAAAUUCAUGCAGAAAUUCCAGUUGGCGAAACGGCAGACGACAAUAGUGUUACCUUUGCCAAUCGAUUAUAGUCCAUCGAAGGAGGAGAGCAAAGGUCUUAUUGCGUAUAAGAGAAUGGCUGCAACGGACAUCCGUUCUAAGCUGAGGGGGCUGCUUGUAAUCAUGAAGAGGAUAUUAAAAUUCAAGAUCUUUACUAAGAGAAAGAAAGUGGAAAUUUACAAAGACAGCGAUGAUGAAACUCUCGAUUGGUGGAGUAAAUAUUUUGCCUCCCUUCAGGAAGAGAGAAAUAGAGAAUUGGGAAUCACGACAGCGUAUCGUCGUAAACCCGUGGCGACGUUCAAGAUCUAUUCCACGGAGCUGGAGACGCAGCCGCAGUUCGAAGGGUUUCAAGACCGACUCCGCACAUUUGAAUUGUGGCGUGGAAGGAAGAGCGAAAAUCCCGAGUAUGCCGGAGAUAAUUACACCGGCAAAUUUAAGGGACAUAUUUCUAUAUACCGAUGGCCGCAUCCUGAUAAUCUUCCAUGCAAAACGAAGAGCGGGAGAGAUGCAGCUAAUGGCCUGUGCAACGAUUAUCCGCCUCAAGAGUCUGUUAAGCUUCUCGUUAGACUUUACGUUGUAAAGGGCAUUAACUUACAGCCUAAGGAUCCCCUCAGCGGCAAGUCCGAUCCAUAUCUCUACGUGAAGCUGGGAAAAAAUUCUAUCAACGACAGGAAGAAUUAUAUACCCAAUCAAUUGAACCCUACAUUUGGUCGAGUGUUCGAGAUGGAGGCAAGCUUCCCACAGGAUUAUAUGCUGGAGAUUCAAGUGUGGGAUUUCGAUGUUACGACAGCUGAUGAUUUGAUUGGUGUGACGCGAAUUGACAUCGAAAAUCGAUUUUACAGUCGACAUCGGGCACAUUGUGGAAUCGCAAAUGUUUAUAGCACCACUGGUUACAAUGUCUGGAGGGAUCGAGAGAAACCUGUACAGAUUCUGGAGCUUCUCUGUAGGAAGAACAAUUUACCGCUACCGGAAUACGGAGAACACGAAAUUAAGAUUGGCAAGCAAUCAUUUCCCUUUCACGCCGUGAUCGAACGCGAAGGCGAAGUAGACAGAGAAGAAUACAUGGCUCUCAGUGUACUUCAUCACUGGCAAGAUUUUCCUAUUUGCGGAUGCGCUCUGGUACCGGAGCACGUCGAGAGACGGCCACUUUUCAACGUUAAGAGACCCGGUCUUGAGCAGGGCAAACUCGAAAUGUGGAUCGACAUGUUUCGAAUAGAACAAUUGCCACCGAAACCGGCGGUCAACAUUGCUCCCCCAAUACCGGAGGAAUAUGAAAUUCGCGUUAUUGUUUGGAAUACCGAAGACGUGCCAUUGACUGAGAGCCAAUUUCUCACCGGAGAAAAAUGUUCUGACAUUUAUGUCAAAGGAUGGAUUCAAUACGAGAAUUACCAAAAAACCGACGUCCACUAUAACUCUCUGACCGGUGAGGGUAAUUUCAACUGGAGAUUCGUAUUUCGCGUCACAUAUUCAAAAGGCGAGCAUGUCAUGAUAGUUCGUCGAAAAAUGUCUGUGUUCGCCAAAAAUGAAGUCGAGGAGAAGUUGCCUUGCAAGCUUCAUCUACAAGUCUGGGACAGUGAUCAUUUUUCUUCGGAUGAUUUUCUAGGAGAGUUGACACUAGACCUGUCCAGAAUGCCGCGUGGAAGUUCAAACUCCAAAAACUGUACGCUGAAAUUACUUGAACCGCAAUUACCUACAAUAAAUUUAUUCAAAGUUACUCAUACUAAAGCUUGGUGGCCUUUUAUGUGUGGUAUUGACAGCGAUAGAUAUAUUCAAGCGGGUAAAAUUGAAUUGGAAAUAUCCGUGUUAAAAGCAAUAGAUGCAGAUAAUCAACCGGCAGGCCAAGGAAGGGAUCCACCUCAAAAUCUUCCAUCUCCGAGACGACCUGAUACUUCAUUCUCUUGGUUCCGUAAUCCAUGGAGAGCGUGUUAUUUCGUUGUUUGUCGUUAUUAUAAAUGGCGAAUACUAUGCUGUCUUAUGUGUACACUAUUUGUGCUUUUAAUAGUAUGCGGAAUUUACGCUUUUCCAGGAUACCUUGUUAAACGUCUCUUAGGCGCUUAG